AAGCCAUCCGACCGUAGCGGUUAGAUGAUCAUAGAAUCUCGCGUUGCAUAGUCGUCCAGGUUACGUUGUCGUUGAGAGUCAAGUCAGGGGCGAUCAGAGGCUUGCCAACUGGUUGCUCGAAAUGGUCAGAACUGAUUCAAAAUCUGUCCACAAUCCCAAGGGAGCCAAGGAGUGCGAGUCUUCGUCUCGUCGUGGAAGCCUAAAGACCCGGUGCCUCUUACCUUAUUACUGUUCCGCUACCCGUUACCAGGUCGUACAGCUCUUGUACCUUGGCCAAACCACAGAGAGCUCUAUUCACAAUGGAAGGCGAUUAUGCAACUAUGUGCAUAGUAACCUCUGUGUGUUUCUUACGUAUCUGGGAUCUUCUCGAAGUUCCAAUGCCUGUUCCAAUCGGCGCAGCGAUGGCCAAACUUCUUUUUUAGGAAGUUGGUUGGAGUGGGGCCACACGUGAAGAAUGAAAACCUGGGAAUAUGGUUCCUCAUCGAAAGCACUGGACUUGAUGUCCAGGAUAUAUAAAAAAGGAGUAGUAGAUUUAGUUUUUAUCAACGACACUUUUAACUCCUUCAACUCUACUCAUUUCCAGAAUGGCCCCUUCGAAUACCCAACAGCCUUCCACAAGGGCCCUGCAUGCAGACGACUACCUCAACUUGGUGACGGACGUUGCGCCUCCAAUCCACUUGUCCACGACCUUCAGAUAUCCCAGAGAGCCUGAAAACUUGGUUUUAUCUGAAGAUCCUGUGGAAGAGUUCGACGGAACCAACUAUGUAUAUUCUCGCGAGUUCGCCCCAAAUGCUACACGCUUCGAGGCUGUGCUUUCGUCCUUACUUGACGGCUACGCCGUGAGCUACUCUACAGGCUUGGCUGCCUUGCAUGCCGCUUUGGUGCUCCUGAAUCCUCGGCGCGUUUCCGUGGGUGAAGGGUAUCACGGGAGCCAUGAAGUUAUUGCUGUCAUAUCCCGUCUCUCAGGCCUGCAAAAGCUGCCACUCGACUGUCCUGCCGAGAGCCUAGGAGAAGGAGAUGUGAUCUUACUCGAAACCCCAGUAAAUCCGCUGGGAACUGCUUUCAGCAUCAAGGAGUAUGCAGAAAAGGCCCAUGCAAGAGGCGCAUACCUUAUUGUCGACAGCACCUUUGCGCCUCCUCCGCUGCAGGAGCCUUUCCUGUGGGGAGCCGACAUUAUCUUGCAUUCGGGAUCAAAGUACUUCGGAGGCCACAGUGAUCUGUUAUGCGGGGUUCUCGCCACAAAGAGAAAGGACUGGCAAAAGAAGCUAAUGGAGGACCGCUUGGCGCUCGGAAAUGUGAUGGGCAACAUGGAGAGUUGGCUUGGGCUGCGGAGCUUGCGGACACUGGACAUUCGGGUGCAACGGGCGAGCGAGAGCUCAGGGAAGCUAAUAGCGUGGCUUCACAAGGCUCUAGAAACACCUUCUUCCGGCCCGGACAGCGAUGAGCACCUUGUACAGGCUGUUCUAAAGGACAUGUACCAUGCCAGUCUCCAGACGGAGCUUUGGCUGCAGGAGCAGAUGCCCAAUGGCUUUGGCCCGGUCUUCUCCAUCACCUUGCAGGAUGAGGACUUUGCUCGAAAGUUGCCUAGUAAGCUGGCCUUGUUCCAACACGCGACGAGCCUGGGAGGGGUUGAGUCAUUGAUUGAGUGGCGUGCCCUGUCAGACGCGCGGGUGGAUAGAAAGCUGCUGAGAGUGAGCGUGGGGUUGGAGAAUUGGGAAGAUUUGAAGAAUGACUUGCUGCGCGGAUUCAAGUCGCUGGUCGAGGAAAAGAAUCGUUGAUAGGUAAUCUAAAUAGAUAACGUUCAGGAAAAAUGUCAAGGCCGUCCACAAGACUGUGAAUUUGUGCAAUAGUAUUUGUCCCGCUUGGUUUUCCAGUAUGCGAGGCUAUCAAGAGCGAAAUCGAGAGAACGCUGCACCUGGCUGAAAACAGGCUGCGGGCGUUCUGCAUGUUUCACCGACACGCCCGAUAAACCGCCGCUUCGCUCACGGCGAAAUCAUUUCUUAAUAUCACUGUCGCCUUCGAAACCGAUCUUGUUGUGAGUACUCCGUAUGGAGCUGACAGGAUCAUGGGAUCAGGUCACCUGAGAAACAAGCCUUGGUUAUCUGGCUGAAAGUUGACCGCCUUCCCAGAGCACUAUGGCCCGAGAGGAGCGGAUCAAGAGCUGAAGCGCUAUGCCGGAAUCAGUUGGUCGCGGGCAAAAUUGCGGUGGCGCGUGAUGGUUUGCUGCAACAGCUGCAGCAGCGCAGAAGAAACGAAGGCGACCGAAAGCGAGG